GUCUCCAGGCAACGUCAUCCUGCAGUGAUUCGAGGAGCCUCCCUUUCAUUACAGAAGACAGAGAAAGAGCAACAAACGCCAGCAUUAAAAACCUGACCCAGCCCCGCAGAGUUGUAUUUCAUUUAUUUAAAUGGUGUUGGGCACCCUCUGACAAGGUGUGGACAAUAUAAACAAAAGGCCUAUUUUUGUCUCCAUACCUACAUGUGUGUGUAUCUCUCUCAGAGUGGACAGGUGUCACACGAGUGAUGAUGAUGAUCUGUACUGACAGCUACUAAACAGAAUCCCGUGUGCUGCCAUGGACAGUGUGAAGAUGGACUCUGUCCAGAUUAAAGAGGAGUUCCCUGAACUUGAACCUGCCCCCAUUAGAGUGGAGUUCUCUGGGCAGGCUUCCCUCCCCAUUAAACAGGAGCUCUGUGAGAUGCAAUGUGACAGCAGUCAGCCAGAGGUCUCUGAGAUUAAAGCUGAGCACAAUGAAUUGGAGAUCCCCCAGACAGAAGUGAAGUUUGACCACAUGAAGCCAGGGAAGGAAGAAUCCGAGGACUUCAAAGCAAACAUCCCUGAGCUGGAGCCUGUACGCCUCCGGGAGUGUAGCGUGGUCCUGGAGAGAAUCUGCGUGAGAGAGCAAGGCGCUGGAGAGGAAGGCUCUCCCAACAGCACGCAAGGAGGUGGAAAGGAAGACGGGCACUCCCAUUCAGAAUGCAGUCUAGCAGGUUCCAGUCCAGCAGCAGGCAGUGGAGAAUAUCCUGACUGUGGGAAAGGUUUCACCCAGUUAGGACACCUGAAAACACACCAGCGAAUUCACACUGGAGAGAAACUGUAUCGCUGCUCUGACUGUGGGAAGAGUUUCAGUCGGUUACGAAACCUGAAAACACACCAACGAAUUCACACAGGAGAGAAACCACAUUGUUGCUCUGACUGUGGGAUGAGUUUCAGUCAUUCAGGACACCUGAAAGCACACCAGCGAAUUCACACAGGAGAGAAACCGUAUCACUGCUCUGACUGUGGGAAGAGUUUCAGUCAGUCAGCAGCCCUAAGAAAACAUGAGCGAAUUCACACUGGAGAGAAACCGUAUCACUGCUCUGUCUGUGUGAAGAGUUUCAGGGAUUCAGGAGCCUUGAGAAAACAUGAGCGGAUUCACACUGGAGAGAAACCAUUUCACUGCUCUGACUGUGGGAUGCGUUUCAGUUACACAGAAGCCCUGAAAGCACACCAGCAAAUUCAUACAGGAGUGUGAUACAGCUGGCUGAGUGGUGACGUCAGAAUCAGGAAAUGAAUAGCACAGACAGGACGGAUGAAAUGAAAUGAUGAAGGCGCUUGCUUGCGCUGGUUUAUUAUAAAUAAAAAAGGUUUGAACAAAACACAGGAAACGGCACUUUAGCCAAAAUAAACAGACAAACAAAACGAACAGACACUAACAAACAGGGGCGAAUACUAAACAAACACGUACCACGUAGCAAUUGCUUUUUAUAAUUGAUCUCCUUACUCUCUCCCGUUCUUUUGCCCUGAACACACAACCCCGAGUGAAUGAAAUGUGUAUCUAUAUAUACAAUUGUGCUGGGAUUCAAUUAAUUAUUCACUUGAAUCCCAGCAUGUGAACUAAUCUGUGAAAACCCCGUGCUGACAUAUUAAAUGCACAUGAAGUGAAGUGCAAUCCCCGUGCCUAAAUACAAUUAUGCAUUUUAAACACUCGUGCUCAUUACCCACAUUAUAUCCUGUGUACCAACUACAAUACACCAACAUUAACACACUACAUACAACAUAAAACACAAGAAUACACACAGACGGGGCACACUGCUACAAGGAGAUAACCUGUAUUGCUGCUUUGACUGUGGGAAGAGUUUCCUUGUUAAAACCAACGUUGUAACACACUAAUGAACUCACACAGGAGAGAAACCGUAUCGCUGCUCUGACUGUUGGAAGAGUUUCAAUCAGUCAGGAUCCCUGAAAGCACACCAGCGAAUUCACACUGGAGACGAAGCCCAUGUUCAUUCAGAACAAAACGUUAACCUUGAAUUAUGAGUCCCUGUGUAAUUUAUUGAUUUUUGUAUCACUCUUAAGAGCUUGAGAUUUAAAUGGUCAAAAUGCUGUUCAGCUCUCUUGCACUCUGAUUGUUAGAAAGUGGGCGGAGACGCGGACACGUCACAAGAGGCUUCUCUGCUGUCAGUUUAACUCAGGCUGUCAAUGCAGUCAGUGCCUGGGAGCGGGAAUAUGCAGAAAGGAAACUAUUCUGCACCUCAUCUGAUGGACGAGUCAGGAGAAAUUGAUAACUCAGUGUGGGGAAUGAGUUUCAGGGUUUAACAUUUAAACUGCAUAGACUUGAAAAUAAAUACAUUGAUGGGAACGAGUAUCCCGACCCCGGUAUGUAGCAUCCCAGAGACAAGACUGCACCGUCCUUACUGGACAACCGC